UGUUGCUUUAAUAAAGUGAACUUUUGUUCACGGAGACUUGCAGAUUUCUAUGUAUUUGCCAAACAAAAAUGAUUUAAACGCUCCAAAUCGAUGAGAAAUACAAAUAUUGCAAUAAUUAGUGCCUAUUUUCAAACAAAAACAGUCCUUUUAGUUGUGGGUUUUGUGUAACUUUCUGUGUUUUCAAGUGUUGCAUUUCCACUCAUAAAGCAAGUUCUGAGCAUAAUUGGCCCGGACACGCUCAGACCAGCCUCUAUUGUUCUUGCAAGGCAGGAGAAGUUGUUUUGGCAAGACCGAAGAGGAAUGAAUUAAAAAAAAAAACGACGCUGCAGACUUUGAUUGUGUUCUGCUCAUGCUUAAAUCUAAUCACUUGACUUCUGGACCACAAUUAGUAAACAUAAACUUGUGCAUUUUUUUUGAAAUAUAUGUAUUUAUUUAAUUUCUACAUGUGGGAGGAUUGAUGGUGAAGGGAUCCUAAUGAGGAGGCAGCCUGAAGUUAAAGAGGCAGCAGUAUUGAGGAGUAGCACCGCGGCACAUUUCAAAGCAUUUUCUCUGCGAUAUUUGAAAACGGAGUCGUGCCGUGAACUCCUGCGUGUCCCUUUUAAAACAAACCCAGCGCCUGUCAAUCACCCCGCAUUCCAACCAAUCCCAAAGCUCCCUUUUUUAAAAAGCACGUUUGCCUGCUGUGCUUUUAUAUUGCACCAUGGCCUGCUUCGGAGCAUUUUUUUUUUACUACCACGGUUAUUGCCACAAAUCAAGAGGGCAAAGUGAACGGCAUGGGACUCACACCAACUUUAACGAAACUGAGUCUGGUUCCUCCUCCUGCGAUGUUCCCGGCCGACAAUUUCACAUGCAGAUGAUACACAACCAGGGAAAUGGGAACAGAAUUUUCUGGGUGCAUCCUGAGUGCUGAACUGGUUGAUUUUGCCAACUCAUAGCCAAAAAAAGAAAAAAAGCAAGACAGAAAAGAAAAAGAAAAAAAAAAAAAACCUCACAACAAAACAUGACAAGCCUGUCGAGGUUUAGUGGCUGCCCUCUCUCUUGCGUCAACCCCGGGGAGAGCAAUACUGAACCCAGCGUGGUGCUGCCACCUUUGGCAGGAGAGCACAUGGGACACCCCACUGGCAGUUCCUUAAAACUCUGCCCCUCGCACAAUUUGCGAGACUACCCCGAGACGAGGUCCAGUGCAUAUGCUGACCACUCGGUUGCCACUUUUCCAGACUCUGGAUACCCCAGUCACCGGUUAGAGCACAGCCCCAGGGGCAUUAUCAUUGGAGCCAAUCUCUCUGGAGCCGGCAUGCCACCCGUCACUGAUCAACUGGCAUCACGAGCUAACCAACAUGGCGGGAUUGGAAGGUACCGUGACUUUGCUGGCUGCAGGGACAACAGGAGCCAUGCGUUUUUUACCAGCUACCAGGAGCAGGCCCACGCCUCGACCGACGCGCCCCGCGACCUCGGGAGCCAAAUGAUGCUGAGUCUGCCUGGCGACCUCCUCACCCGGACCCACUCCUAUGGCCAAAGCAUCAGCCCCAAGGGGAGCAGCCAGCAACUGGUCACGCAGUUCCUGGGUCUCUACAAGCCCCUGAACAUGGCGAUUCAGCGCGGGGGAGCCGACGCGUUCCUCAGGUGCGCCAAGCAGGCUGUGAAGCACGAGCUGGUGUGCAAGUGGAGUGACGGCAGGGAGGGGGCCGGCAAGGUGCCGUGCUCCAGAGCCUUCGGGACCAUGUAUGAGCUGGUCACCCAUGUGACCGUGGAGCACGUCGGCGGACCGGAGCACUCCGAGUACGUGUGCCACUGGGAGAACUGCGCCAGGGACCGGAAGCCUUUCAAAGCCAAAUACAAGCUGGUGAACCACGUCAGGGUCCACACCGGGGAGAAGCCCUUCCCCUGCCCCUUUCACGGCUGCGAGAAAGUUUUUGCACGAUCUGAGAACCUAAAGAUUCACAAGAGGACUCACACAG